GUGGCCACUUAAGGCCCCUCUCGUCCUUCUCUCCGAGGGCACAUCUCGGCAGUGGCAAACCAGUAAACGAGAAAGCUUGGCCGCAGUUGGCAGCUAGAGCAGCGAGAAGAGGAGGAGAGCGUCGUCGACCAUGUGGCCGGAGAUGAAGGCGUGGGCCUCCAUGGCCGACGACCCGCUGAAGCGUGCGUCGUCGUCGGCGACGAGCCCGUCCAGCCCCAUGCGCCGCGUCAGCCCCACCACCAUGGCGGUCGGCGGCCUCCUCGCCGUCGGCACCGUCGGCUACUUCAUGCUCAUGGGCAAGGACGACAGGCACAACGAGCGCCUGGCUCACCGCACCUGACGAGCCGUCGUCGUCGUCGCCGGAGUCCUUUGCCGUAGCUUACCGGUAACCGCGGCAUAGUAAUAAUAAAACCCCCCUCCCUCCUGCUGCGUACGGUGUGUAAAUCGUGUGUGUGCUCUGUUUCUGUACUCUUUUUAUCAGUGGAACAUGGAGAGAUUUUACCGGGCA